UGACGAAAAGGAGUGGUGGGAAGAGUAUUUCCAGAAGAUCGGACGUUUGAAGGAGAUCGAGCUGCCCCGCUGUCUCUUCCCAAAUGCGGAAGAAAUAGUCCGGACCGAAUUGCACACUUUCGCGGACGCGUCAGAAGAGGCGUGUGCCGCGUCCUGCUACACCCGUGUGGUUUAUCAGGAUGGCCGAGUGCUGGUCCGGCACAUCAAGACAGCGACGAAGCUUGCUCCUUUAAAAACAGUUUCCGUUUGUAAACUAGAGCUCAACGCUGGGCUCAUGGGCGCCCGUCUGGCUAAGUUUGUCCAAACGGCCCUGAAAAGAAAAAUGGAUUGCCGAUACUUCUGGACCGACAGCAGCACGGUCCGGAAUUGGGUCCGGGCCGUGUCCUCCCACUACCAAGUUUAUGUCAGCCACCGGAUCGGUGAAAUUCAAACCCUCACUGAGCCUCACGAAUGGCGCUUCGUUCCUGGACGUUUAAAUCCGGCCGACGCUGCUACCCGAUCGCAGAUGGAAGAAGAAGAAAUCCCAAGUUGGUGGUUAGAUGGUCCGCCUUUCCUUUAUGAAGAGGAGCCGGCCUGGCCAAGGGACUUGCCAUGGAUGGCCGCAAAGGAAGAACUCCGGUCUGUCCACGUCCAUCUGAAUUCCACAGCCGUGGAGCCGCCGACCGUGUUCAAUUGGAAAGACGUCAAGAUCUCAGCCCAAGAUAUUCCGGCCCUAAUCCGGUUGGAAGGAGAAUUUCUGAAUCUCGUGAAACAAAGUCAACGAGAAGUUUAUUCUGAAGAGCUGAAAAGAUUGCAGCAGACGAAGCCGCUCCGCUCGACCUCGCCGUUGCUGCCGCUCACACCUUUUCUGGACGAAUCUGGAGUAUUGCGACUUGGAGGUCGGUUAAGCCGGGCCAAGUUGCCCUACGAUGUCAUGCACCCUCCAUUAUUGUCCGGAAAACAUCCGCUUUCUCGUAUGAUCAUCCGAGCGUUUCACGACAGCAUGCAUCACCUUGGCACGGAUUUUGUAUUAUCUCACGUUCGACAACAUUUUUGGGUGACGGGCGGACGAGAAUUGGUUAAACGUGUCCGCAAUGAAUGUGUGCCGUGCCGUCGAUUUCGUCCGAAAGCAGCUCUGCAAAUGAUGGCCGACGUCCAUCGAGCUCGCUUGGGCGCCGGUCAUCCUCCUUUCACCUACACGUCGGUGGACUAUUUCGGACCAAUAGACGUGACACACGGUCGUGGAACAGCAAAGAGAUGGGGCGUACUUUUCACGUGCAUGGUGACCAGAGCAGUUUAUGUAGACGUUGCAAUUUCCCUCUCCGCCAGUGAUUUUUUAAUGGUGCUCCGACGUUUUAUAUCAGUGUAUAGAAAGCCGGCGCAUAUGUUCUCGGACAAUGGCACGAACUUGACUGGCGCUGAACGUUUAUUACGUGUGGAGUUGGAUCGGCUGAAAGAUGACAGUGUGUUGACCACGGAGUUGAAAGCGCUCCGGAUCGAAUGGUUUUUCCAACCAGCGCAAACGCCACAUUUUGGAGGCUCACAUGAGUCAUUAGUGCGAUCAGUGAAAAACGCUUUCUACGCCGCGUUGGAUCAAGAGAAGAGUGUAUUGCGUACACCCAGUGACGAAGUUCUGCGCACUCUUCUUUUUGAAGUUUCCGGAUUGUUAAAUUCUCGGCCUUUGACUUAUUGCAGCUCCGACCCGGACGACUUUCGUGCGUUAACCCCAAACGAUUUCCUUAAUCGAGCUCCUGUAGCUGAUUUACCGGCCGGAGAUUUUAACAAGGCCCUUCCGCGUGAUCAUUAUGGAUACGUCCAGAGAAUAACCAAUUUCUUCUGGGACGUGUGGCGCGGAUCUUUCCUGCAGUCGAUGACCAGCCGGAAGAAAUGGAGAACACCCGCACGGAACUUUGCCGUCGGUGAUUUCAUUUUGGAUGAUUGGAAGAAUGCUCCGCGCGGGCGUUGGAGAACCGGCAAGAUCGUCAAGGUCUACCCCGGUGCCGACGGAUUAGUCCGAGCAGCAGAUGUGGAAUUCUCCACCGGAAUCCUGCGACGUGGGACAAAUCAGCUGGCUCUGCUAGAAGCUUACUCGCCGGAUCCAGCGACGGAGGCGACAGAAUCCGGCUCGGGGGAGAAUGGAGCCGCGAUUUGAUUGUAUUAAUUUUAUUGCAUGUCCAGAUGGCGUUACAGACCGCUUUUAUUGUUUUAGGCCGUUGGCCCUCUAAUUGUUGCAUAGAGGGCAGGCCUGUAGUCAUUGAGUUUUAGGCCUGAAAUUACGGCCGUUUAGUAAUCGUCUGUAGCUGUCAGUUGACAUAUUGCGUCUUGACUUUUACUCUUCUUUGAUGUGAAUCUUUUGUGCUUUUCCGUGGCUUUUAAAGGAUAAGGAUUGCCCGGAAUUUCAUGUUGCCUGUCUGUAGACUUGAAUUGAGGUGCAUGAGAAGCACAUGUGGAAUUGACACUAUUUGUCUUCCCAUUGAGUUGAAAAGGCCUGCGUUGCAGGAUUGAGUAUUGACUCACCCAAGCCUGGUCACUUCCAGGUAUUCGUAAAGUGUUGUUCAUGUGAUUUGUGUCAUUAUCUUAAUUGUAUUUGUAUCGUAUAGGAUUGGUGAUAGCUUUUGAAUUGUUGUUUUGACACAGUGUGCCUUACACACACACUUUGACGUGUUUUGAAGUGAAAUACA